GCUCUCGGUCCCGUCAUGCAGGCGCUGGAGCGGGACGGGGCGGCAGGCGGCCCCGAAGGGGCGACUGGCGCUGGUGAGGCCCCUCCGGAACCGUCGCCGCCCAAGGCCGCCGCCGCCUUCGACCUGCUGGAGCUGGUGCGGAGCUACCGGCGGCUGGAGCUCUACCUGGAGCCGCUGCGGGACGCCGCCGAGGGCGUCCGCUCGCUCCUCCGGUGGCAGCGGCCUGUGUGCUCUCUCCUGGUCUGCCUCGGCCUCAACUUCCUCCUGCUCACCCUCGGCCAAGCUGCUUGGUACUCGGUGCUCGCCCUGCUGGUCGCGGUGCCGGCGCUGCUGGGUUACCUGCAGGAGACGUGCCGGGCCCGGCUCUCGGAGCCGGAGCUGGUGCGCAGGAGGUACCACAGCAUCCGCAGAGAGGAUCUGCGCAAGGUGCAGCUCUCGCGGCAGGAGGCCAUCGCCCAGGUCAAGAGCUUCCUGAUCCAGCUGGAGGGAUUUCUGAGCGGGAUGUGCUGCAGCUGUGAGGCAGUGUACCGUGUUCUGUACUGGGAGAACCCCACCAUCUCUUCCCAGUUUUAUGGGGUGCUACUGGGUACUAUCUGUGUCCUCUACCUGCUGCCCCUCUGCUGGGUCCUGGCCAUCCUCAACAGCACUCUCUUUCUGGGCAACACCCAGUUCUACCAAGUGAUAAUGGAGCUCAAGGCCUCCAUCGAGCAGUGUGUGGGCUCCAAACCCCUCGAGAGCACUCCAGAGCCUGCUGAACCCCUGCCACCAGCUGCUGCCCCAGAUCGGACCCCUACCCCCACCAGUGCAGAGGACCUUACCCCUGGCAGUGUGGAGGAAGCAGAGGAGGCAGAACCUGAUGAAGAGUUCAAAGAUGCUAUUGAGGAGAACCAGCUGCUGGUCAUGGAGGAUGAUGAGAGCUCUCAGUGCUCAGCAGAUUUUGACCUCAGCCUCCCAGACAAUGGUUUUAUGAGCAAAAACGAGGUGAUCCGCAGCAAGGUGUCACGCCUGACUGAGCGCCUGCGCAAGCGCUACCCCAGCAACAACUUCGGGAACUGCACAGGCUGUGGUGCCACCUUCUCUGUGCUCAAGAAGAGGCGGAGCUGCAGUAACUGUGGGAACAGCUUCUGCUCCAGGUGUUGUUCCUUCAAAGUCCCCAAGGCUGUGAUGGGAGCCACAGCCCCGGAGGCUCAGAAGGAGACAGUGUUUGUGUGCGCUGUCUGCAACCAGGUGCUCAUCAAGUGAUGAAACAGGCCCAGCCAGCUCCUGUGACCUGCACUACCUGACACCUGGGACAGUGAGCAGGCACCCUUGCCACUGGGAACCUGGACUGUUUGGAUCCCAGCAUGGCAUUCCCCUGCCAGAGGAUACUUGCACUUGUGCUCCUCCUGCCAGCACCAGGCUGGACCGACCAGCCCUCCUUGCCAUGCACCAGCUGGGUCCCUAUGUUGGAGCAGUGCCCACGGCUGUGCCCCAUCCUUGCAGCUGCUCCAAGCCCUGGGUGCUCUCUGGCACUUGCUGUGCCCUGCCACAUGCUUGCCCAGGCCCUUUGGCCUGGCUCAGUGAUGGAAGAGCCAUCCUUCCUAUUCGUGGUCCUGCCUUCACCUCCUGGGUGGGGCAGAACAUCCUCAGGGCUCUGUCUCUACUUUCCCCAGCGCUGUGCUGUAAGUGACUGUAUUUUUGGGAUCAAGUCAGAGCUCCUCCUGCAUCCCUUGGGAUCUAGACUAGCUAGGUUUAUCAUCCUGCCUCAGCUGAGACUCUGCUAGUCACUCCUGUGCUCCUCAGCCUCACUGCCUGCAGGUUUAGUCUUUUACCCCUGAAUUUGGCUGUAGCCCAGAGGAGGAAAGAGAAGGAGUUUGGGUUGGACUGUGUGGCUGGAUCUCCAGUGUGAGAAAAGACAGGAGUUGGUGCUGCUCUGUGCACUUAUUGACUGCUGCUUUCUACUACAGAUUAAUAUAUAAUUACAUAUAGAGAAUAACCAAUAAAUCUCUUGUCCUCA